GCUAUCCUAUCAAAGCAGCUUCUUUCCCAUUUCCCAAGCUUGCGGUCUUUUUUUUCCUUUUUUUUUUCUAUAAAUAGAUAGUUCAUAUUUAGCAACUUUAAUCAAUUAAUUUUUACCAUGGAUUAUUUUCGUUUAUUACCAGAAGGUUGCAUAUCAGAAAUUAUCUCCUUCACUUCUCCCAAAGAUGCUGCUACUUCCUCAGCUAUAUCAAGAGGAUUCAAGUCUGCUGCUGAAUCCGACGUCGUUUGGGGGAAAUUUUUGCCCUCUGAUUAUCAACAUAUUAUUUCUAGAUCAAACUCGUUAUUGGUUUCUCCUUCCAAAAAAGAGCUUUAUUUUAGUCUCUGUGACUCCCCGAUUCUCACUGAUGGCGGCAAACUGAUCGUGAAAAUGAUGGAAAGUCGUAUAUUUUGUCAUUGUGGAGUUGAAGCUAAGUUUUGCAUCACUUGGACCAAACGAAGCUCGAUCAAAACAAGAUUAACAGAUAAUAAGCGAAAACAAAAGAAAAAUGGGUGAGUGAUUAUGAUCGAUUUUGGAAGGGGGUGAGUGAUUAUGAUUGAUUUUGGAAGUUCGUCCAGCACAGCUGACCUCACCACCAUAAACAAGUCCUUUUUAAAUGUAGGAGCGAGAAGACUUAGAGAGUGAGCGGCCAAUACGUGAAAAUAUCAUAUUUUUGGUAAUUCUUGUAACAUGAAAUGAACAAUUUCAAAACCCUAAAAAUUGAUUCUGAAACGGGUACUUUGAAGCCAAUUGAUUGAAAAUGUCAUCGAAAAUAUUGACAAAAGCUAUAAUUUGAACAGAUUUAUAGGA